UUAAGAAUUCAUGUCUAUUGAUACUUGCUGGUUCGUUAGGAAAUCGGCAUUUUCUAUUGACAUAACUUGGUACUAUGUUCACGUUGACGUGUAAAUAUCAAUACAAACAAAAAAAGAGCGCCACUCUUGAAUUCUUGACUUUCAUAUGUGUAGAGUUCCCAACGAGGUCAGAAAUAUGAACGAAAAACACAGAAAAGUGCAGUCAUGGCUUGAGGAAGUGUUCCUUGAUGAAGAGAUUCCUCAAUAUGAAAUAAAUGAACGCAAUCUAGAAACGAUCAUUAAACUGAUGCAGAAAAAUAAGGAACGCAACCGUGAUGCCCAAAUUAUUCUUGCAGAUUUGAACCAAAAAACAACAGAAUAUGAAGCUGAAGCAAAGCGUCUUAGUCAAAUAUUAGAAUCCGUUGGUUUAUCAACACCUUGCUUAUCCCAGUCUGGGUCAGUGAGCUUAAGAACGCUUGCUAGGGUUGCUACUAUACUGGAAAUUAAAGAUGUCACAACAAGCAGUUAUUUACUGCAGAUGAGCAAUUUAACCCAGUCAAUGAUGGAAACACAAAGUGAACAUUGCACUGAAACAAAACAAAAUGAACAGCUAUUCACCAAAACCAAGGCCGCUUUCAUUAAAGCUUCCAGCUUAAAAAGAGCUCUUGAUGCCUUAGAAGAUCAGUCUCAAUAUGCAGGACCAGAGCUAGAAAAGAAGGUUCGCACUACUGGGUUUUUACAUAACAAAAUACGAGAAUACGCUACUAAACGGCAACAACUGAAGGAUCAGCUCAACGAGAAUGGGUUUAGUGAUUCACUAAGUCAUCAGAGUCUUGUUAAAGAAGCUGAAUACCUCGGUAACUUAAAAGCAAAGCUUGCACCCUUGAAAUCUAAGCUUGACAGUUACCAUUGUCUUCCUCCCAACGUAUCGUUAACGAAAGUAAAGAUUGAAGAAGCCAAACAAGAACUGGAAUCACUAGAAGCAGAAUUGGCAAGAAAUAUUGAUGCAAUGCGAACAUAACUGAAAAUAUUUAAAAUGAAACUUAAGUGACCAUUGGGUUUUUAAUCUUUAAAAAAACCCCCAAUUUAUUGUCAAUAAUAUAAAUAUUCACUAACAGCAUAUAAUUUAUUUUAUAUCCAUUUUUAUUUGAUUGCAUUUUCGUAUUUAAUAAAUUGCACAUAGACCCAUUAAAAGUUUCGAAUAAAUAAUAUAAACAUACGUGGUUUAAUCAUAUGAUAAUAAUUAAUAUUAUACUGUAAUUACUGUACAGUAUAUAUAUUGAGUUUUUUGUUUGCAUUUUCUGUAUUGUUCUAUAUUAUAAGUACCAUGUGUUCAAUUAAUGCCUGUUUUCAUCAUGCUUGUAGUAUUAAGAUAAGCAUCCUAAAUUUUCUAUUGCUGUGUUAACCUAGUGUGUAGCAAAAUGUAAAGUAACUACAUAGGCACACUGUUUGCAUGACUACCAUAUAAGACUAAUAAAUAUACAUCUUAACUAAAUAA